AACAUAAUUUACGAGUUUGUAUACACAAGCGUCAGCAAAUGCCCAAAUGGCAGUGGCAGCAGCAUUCGACGAUCACAGCAACUCUGUCACUGUUAUUGCUGCUACUGCUAGUAGGACAUGGCGGCGCACAGUACUCCUGGUGUGAUCCGACCUUGUGCGAGAAGGGCGUGCGGCAUCUGGCCUGCCGCAAUAACGGCAACUUCGCCAGCCGCUGCGCCGCCGAUGCCACAGAGCUGGACAUUUCCGAUUAUAAGGAUCAAUUUGUGCAUGAACACAAUAAACGACGAAAUUUCUUAGCGCUUGGUCUGUUGCCUGGCUACUAUCCGGCGGCUCGUAUGGCCACUAUGGUUUGGGACGAUGAGCUACAAUAUUUGGCAUCACUCAAUCUACGCACCUGCAUACUGGACCAUGAUCCUUGCCAUACAACCUACCGUUUUCAGUAUUCCGGCCAAAAUCUUUGUGGUGUUGUGCGCGAUCGCAAUCCGAAUGUGAAUGUGAGUGGAAUAAUCGAGGAAGUGAUGGGGCUGUGGUUCAAUGAAUAUCCGCUGAUCGAUAGCAGCUACAUAAGGAAAUUCAGAGUCACAAAGUACUUCGAGGACUAUGGCCAUUUUGCCGAAAUCGCUGUCGAUCGUAAUACUCAUGUGGGUUGUGGUAUUAUACGUUUCACCCGCCCCGAUGUACCCUUCGUCUAUAUCUAUAAUAUGGUUUGCAACUAUGCAUCGAUUUACGCUCUGGACACGCCAGUGUACACAGUGGGUCAACCGGGGUCCCGUUGCUUGUAUGGCAAAAAUCCAUAUUACCCUGGUUUAUGCUCAGAAAAUGAACCAAUCAAUCCGAAUUAUUAAAAUUUUUUAUGGUGUGAUUUAA